UCUGAGUCGUGUUACUGUGUGUUAGUUACAGUGGUAGCAGCGGUUUGGUUUGUGCACAACUUCAGCUUUGUUGAUGCAUGAGUGUGAUUUUCAAGAUUUGCGUUUGAACGUUAGCGUGUUGUUCGUCGUGUUUGUUCUAUAGUUGAACACAUUUUUCGCUCGUGGAAUGAAACCCGACAAACGCACCGCGUCUCGGACAGUUAUCAUCAUGAUAACUCGUGUUUGAGAAAAGAGUUUGGUCUUUGUCUGAUUUAUUUAUUCUCGUCACUGGGCUCCACGUCUCCACGGUGCCACAAUGGAGCUCUGUUCUUAAGUUGAUCGACGACGCUCCUUAAACAUUUGGACUUUGACAGACGUCACUGUUUAAUCCGGAUUAAUUUUACAUACGUGACUUCUAUAAAUAUUCUGCCAGAUCAAGGCAGAAAAACGACGGUUAGGGCGAUGGUUUCAGCCAGGUUCUUAUGGAGUCAAACUAGGGUCACAUUGGAUCUGUGCGUGUCUAAACCAAUCUGUGCGUGCGUAAGAUUUGUACUUGUAGACUUAGUGGGGCUAUACCAUGCUUACACUUAUGAUUUAGGGAAAAUUAUGCAGAAAUCCGGGCUAAAUUCAGAAGUAAAAUAACGUGACCAUAAUUUGCCUCCACGCUCUGAUUGGCUAAUGAACAAGGAAGUUGUCACAGUCCUUUGACGUGGCACAGCAGAUCCUGAAAGCUCCACAAGCAGCAACAAGCUAGUCCACUGGCUAGUGAUGGGUCCGGCAACACCGAUGCGUCGGCGCCUGCGUCGAGCUCUUAGAGCAAAACACUGUGUCGGUGCGCGUAUCGCGUUGGGAAACCACGUGACCGAUACAGUUCCUGUAUCAGUCACCGUCUGACGCGCCAGACUGUGUUUAUAAGGAAGCGCAUGUGUCGGGCUGCAUCUGCCGAAAGGAAUCCCUGAGCGUUUGCCGUUCAUCGUCAAAUUCAUCUAUAAUUCAUCUCAUAUCGGAAAAUAAGUGUCUACCAUGUCCCUGUUCCACUCCAUGUUCCAACUGAGUCCUUCAGUGUGUCUCUGCUUCCUCUGCCUGCUAGUGGUCCUCACUGAUUCCUUCUCCUCCAGUGUAUCGAGAGAUGUUGUCGUUGCUGCCAAGAGUACACUUGAAGUAAACGCAGUCAACACCAUAGUGGUGACGACCACAAGACCAGCCUCUACAUCAAGCACAACAACAGCAACAGCAACAACGACGGCAUCGACAACAACGACGGCAUCGACGGCAUCGACGACAACGACGGCAUCGACGGCAUCGACGGCAUCGACGGCAUCGACGGCAUCGACGGCAUCGACGACAACGACGGCAUCGACGACAACGACGGCAUCGACGACAACGACGGCAUCGACGACAACGACGGCAUCGACGACAACGACGGCAUCGACGACAACGACGGCAUCGACGACAACGACGGCAUCGACGACAACGACGGCAUCGACGACAACGACGGCAUCGACAUCGACGGCAUCGACAACGACGGCAGCAGCAGCAGCAACGACAGAAACAUCAUCAGCUCCUACGAAUCGCAGUGAUUCAGCUGCUGCAGUAACCAGCAUCCCAGUGAUAGAUGUAGCAGAGGACGCGCUGACCAGGCAGCUGCUGGACACGGCGUCUUUACUAGCUGUGCUGCUCUUUGGCCUGCUCUUCUUCCUGGUCACCGUAUCCGUGUUUGUCACUCAGGCCUAUGAGAGCUACAGAAGAAAGGAUUACACCCAGGUGGACUACCUGAUCAACGGAAUGUAUGCAGACUCAGGCGUGUAGAGGAGGAGGAUGCACAGCACAAUUGUGGACGUUGUCUUCUGUCCCCGAAGUUUGUAAGUCUUGAUUGCCAAAUGGUGCCGCUAUGAGUUUACAUGGUGAUCCAGUUCUGGAGUUAAGGAGCAAUACCUGUAAGAUCAGAAUCUGAACCCACUGACAGCAGACUCUAACCUGUUUACCAUCAUCAUUUCACCAGUAGUCAGGACCUUUUUGUAGAGCUCAGCAGAUCAGCUGAGCAUUCACUUCCCGGAUCCUGUGUUGUUUAUUACUGAAUGUAAAUGUCUUUUGUUGUUUUGUUUUUUUCAUCUCUGGUUUAAACAGUUGAAAAUGCUUCGUGGUGAAGCAUAUUGAUGAAUUAAUGAAUAAUAAUGUGUUGGUUUGAUUUUAUUUGAGUGCAGCCCUCAAAGUGGUUUUAUUUCCUCCUAAAGGACCAAAUGAAUCUAUUUAAGUGAAAGACCAUAGACAAAAUUUAAAAGGACGACACAGAUCAGUCUGACCAUGAUUGGCUGCUUACAGUCUCCAGUCGUAAAUGUGGGUAAAACUACAAAAACAAAAUGAAAGUUGUAUGAUUUAGCAGUUAAAUAAUCCUUUGAUUGUAUUUGUAAUAUAGCUUCAUUUGGGGCAAUGCUUCCAUUGAGUAACUUCACAUUAUAAACCAAGGACCACAGCUUGGAAAACCUCUGUUCAGCUUAGAUGUUAGAUCAAAUUCUCCUGCUGCUGAGAUUUGUUCUGCUAGUUUUCCCUGGAUUUGGCCUGUUUAGUCAGCAGGUUGCAGUGAGACCAGAUCGUCAAUGUAGUCAAAUAAUAGUCUGAUUGACACAGGCAUGAGAAGGAAGUGUUUACACACAGCAGCAGUUUUCUCCAUUACAGCCUCAGUUGGGGACCGGCGCAUGUCAUCAGUCUUACACUAGUGCUUGCUUGAAAAUGUUUUAAUUAUUACUUUGAUUCUGGAAAAAACAGGCUGUUGCCAACCUGAACAUUUGAUUACUGGUGGCAGUGUUAUCGUUUCUUUUUGUGUUGCUGAUUUGCCUUAACUUGCACCUCAGGGAAGCAGAAGGAAGCUGGCAAGCGGAACUUUGUAAGCGCUCUCAAAACGUCCACACUCACCGACCGUGUCAUCCUAAUGCUGCUGCGUUUCCUGUCAAUGGAGCAGCAUCUGUUGUAGAUGACUUGGCAUCCGUCCUAGGUGCCGUAGCGUUUUGCAGCAGGCACCUAUGCUGCUAUUUAGGCUCACUGUUACUCAUGUAAAGUGGUGGGUCUACAUGAAAAGGAUGAAUGUCUGGGUCCGGCCGUCUCAGGUUUACCAGUGUAGCUUAGCCAGCUUAGCUUAGACACUUCAUCACUCCUGGGAUUCUUACACCCCCACCUUUUUCUUCAGAUUUGAGCUACACUAAUUGUGAUGAAAGGGUGGGAUUCAAACCAGAAUUUACAGUGUCAUGUGUCACAAACAUUUUUGUAAUAUCUGAAAAUUAGAAUUACAUUUCAGAGACUAGAUCUGAAACAAGAGACCAGUCUCAGACGUCAGACCGGAUUACUGUUGCCUUCUGUUCUUUUACUUUUUCCGAACAAUUCCUGAUUAAUGUGACAAUAUUCUCUAAAGCACAUUGUUUGAUGAAUCCAAGGGAAACCGAAAGCCAUUAUGAAAAUCUAACUGGUUAGAGAAUGUGAGCUGGAUGGAACAUGGAGCUUCAUGGUGGAUCUAAGUCAUUUUAUAUUAUUGUACUUUUGUAAAACUUCUUAAGGUUUAACAUAUAAGGCUUAAAUUUAUUUUUUGUUUCUAAUUCUUGUUUCUAAUUGUAGCAGCAAAUUUUGGUUCCGUAUUUUUAUUUUACUUUUUUACCAUUAUAAUAUUUCCCUUGCUCCUUUUUGUUUUUGUUGCCUUGAGUUUUUAUUUUCUUUAUUAGUUUCAAUCAGAAAACCAAGAUCUUGAUCCAGUUGGGAGAAACCGAACCUCUAGGAACAACAGCCUUGUCCUUUUGCUGCUUCAUAAUAUUGACAUGUCUUGUUUUGUUGUGAUUGCUAAUUAAUUUUUAUGGUCUGAAACCAAACCCACGUUGGAUGUCCUUGCGAUUAGUUUUUACAGAUGAUGCAUUGUGAUGGCCACAUAUUUAGAUUACGAUGCUUUGUCACAUCACAUUACAUCAUGGUAUACUGACCCUAAAACUUUUUUGGCCUUCGUCAAUUUGCCAAAUUCAACUGUCCUGCAUUAAAUCACUCAAAGUGUUAAUGAAAAUGUUUUUGAAGAGCUGUUAAGGUUGUUGAGAAAAGCUCUGAUGUGUCUGUGGUGCAUUUGUCAUGACUGAUUGUCCAAAGACCAAAAGGAGCCUGUUAUGUGCCAACUCAAUAUUGUACUAAUGCACUUUGAAGAUAUUUUUACUUGCAGAAAAUAAAAAAUCAAAGCAA